CGUUGACGCGUCGUUGCUAUGGCGCGGUUGGGACCGGGAGUUUGUCCCCAUCUCUUUCAAACGUCGCUGCCUUUUGGGAAUUUGAUAAACAAAGUCCUGGAAUGAACUUUGCCGAAAGCCUACAAAUUCAGUUGGUGAGCACGUUCUGAAAUGUCAACAGAGAGAGCCGACGACCUGUUGAGUGACGUCGAGCCUCUGUCUUCCACUCCUCCUCCGUCCUCUCCGCUGUCUCUCUCCAAGCCUCGGCCUCUCCUCUCCUCCCUCUCGCCGUCCUCACUCGCUCGCUCCUGGCCCUCCACUCCUCUCUCUGCGCUGGCGUCUUCACGCGAGGUCACUGCCCGUCUCUACUCCUCCCUGCAGCAGAGCAGAGAGCAAGGGGUCACAGGUCAAGGGGUCACAUGCACGCUAUCUGAGCUCUCCAUCAAACCUAGGCAGGUGUCGUUUAAGCUCUCCUCUGCCUCUCCGGAGGCCUGUCAGAUGAGCUGGUUAGACACCACUCCCCCAUUCACCUCUGAUGGGCCAGAGCACACAAUGGAGGAUGAGGAGGAGGAGUCUACUCUAAGCGUGAACCUCUCCUCUGAGGUUGCAGGCCUUGGGGCGGAGUUGGAGAUGGGGCAACUAGUCGAGGAGAUGAAUGCGAAUCUGAAGACGAGUCUCAGCCACAGCAACAGUUUACAGAGCGGUCGGCGACACAUUGAGGACAUGGAAAAUCUGAGGAGUCAUCUGCAGACCAUGCUGAAAACUAGGCCGGCUGAGAGACCGGAGGCCCCACCGCACAUAAGCCAGCUGCUUCAAGACGACUCGUUUGGCAGUGAAGCAACAACUAACCUGCUCAAUGCUCCUCUGUUCCCCUCGGCCUCCCCUCCUCUCUCCAUGACUGGUUUGGAGGACCUCUUUCCUCGCUACACCCGCCUGCACUCCGAACGCGCUCCGCCUCCGUCAUCAUUUGGGGAGACGCAGGUGCUGAAGGGUAGUCUGGAGCGAGAGCGCACACGCCGAAAGCACUGUGAGCAGCAGCUGUUGUCUCUGCAGAACAGGACUCUGGCCCUGCAGCAGCAGUUGGCCCUGGCCAUCUCAGCCGACAGGAAGAAGGACAUCAUGAUCGAGCAGCUGGACAAGACACUGGCGAAUGUGGUGGAGGGCUGGCGGCGGCAUGAGCAUGACAAGAGUGAGGGAGUAAAGAGACUCCAAGAGGAGAAGGAGGCGGCUGUGAGAACACAGGCCAGACAGGAGGAGGUGCUGGCUGAAUUUGAGAUCUCCCUCUCUCAGGCGGCAGAGGCUUUAGGCAGAGAACAGAAACUCAAAGAGGAGAUGGAGAACUCCAACAAACAACUGGAGCAGCAACUGUUUGAGCUGCGCACCUCUGUGGAUCAGCUCCGCGAGGAGAGGCAGCGGCUGCGAGCAGAAGGGGAGGAGGUGAGGGCCGAGGCAGAGAGGCUCCAACUCCAGGCCCAGGCUUCUCAGGCCCAGCUGGAGCAGCACAGGGAGCAGAGCGGCCGCAGGGAGAGGGAGCUGCAGGAGCAGCUCAGCCAACGAGCGCGUGAGCUGGAGACAGAGAGGCUAACUAGUGAGCAGGCCCAGCGGAGCAGUGAGGACCUGCGGAGCCAGCUGAAGGAAGAGCAGGACCAUUUGGAGGAGAUGAGGAGGGAGAGAGAUGCCGCCAGAGUGGACCGAGCUCUGGACCAGGCACGUUCUGAAGCGGAGCGUUCUCAGCUGGAGGUGGAACUGAAGCUGUCGGUGGAGCACCAAGUUACGGAGAGACUCGCACACAUUCAAGAGGAGAACGCCACCAGCACGGCCAAGCUACGAGAACAUCACAGGAAGCAGCUGCUGGACCUGAGCUCACGACACGAGCGGGAGAUGUCAGCCCAGCACAGCGAGUUCAGAGCCCAGCUGCAGAAGCGGGAAGAGAAGUUGAACACACUCACACAACAGUACGACAGCAAGCUGUCCACGAUGCAGGAGGAGCUGGUUUCCAUGGCAACCUGCAAGCGGCGGCUUGAGCAUCAGAGGGAGGAGUUAGUGUCUCGCCUGCAUGGCAUGAUGCGCUCCCACUGGACUGAGGCUUUGAGGCUGCUGGCCAAUCAGGAACAGUUGGAAGGCCCUCUCUCUCCCUAUGCUCUGUGGGAAGGCCUCGGGCUCCAUUCGUCUCCAGUGGAAACAAACACAACAAGCUGCAAGAGGAUCAACACAGACAGCACACACUCAACAGUCCCUCAGGCAGUAGUGCUUCAUCUGUCCAGAGAGAGAGACGGAGGGAUGAGAGGAGAGAGAGAAACAGGGGGAAGAGGAAGAGGAGGAGGAGGAGAGCCUGAUAGCACCCUCUUGAACCACAGUCACAUCUUCACUCCUCUUGAACCUCAGCUGGACGAGACCGGCCUUACAGCACUUGGCAGCUGCGAUCUGCAGCUCUGGGAGAAAGUGCCAGGCGGUGGGGGUGAUGGAGGGAGGAAAGACAAGGGACGACUGGAGGGAGCAAACAGUGCAGAGAGAGUGAUGAGCGACAGAGGAGGAGGAGGAGAUAGACAGCAGAAGCGUCAGACCAAGAGUCAUAUUCAGAAUGUGAGUCAGACGCUCCACCCAGAUCCAUUUCAGACCCCAGACCAGUUCAAGAGCUUAAGACAGUUCCAAACCUCAAAUCAGUUCCAGAACUCCAGUCAGUUCCAGAACUCUAGUCAGUUCCAGAACUCCAGUCAGUUCCAUAACUUAAACCAGCUCCAAACCUCAACUCAGUUUCCCAACUCAAGUCAGCUACAGCCGUCAAGUCAGUUCCAAAACUCAGGUCAGUUCCAGAACUUGGCUGACACAGAGGCCACGGGUCGCAGCCUGGGUCAGAAGGCCAACCAGUCUCAACCCUCCAGCCAGAGUGGGCCUGAACGUCCGAUCCAUGGCCAGCCCAGCGACCGGGGUUCAAGACGGCUUCAGCCUCCAAACCACUUUAGGGGUCACAGCGUGAGUCAGACCUCCAGUCACCUCCAUACCAGCAGCCAGAGUCUCAGCCAGACAGAGGUCAGCUGCUCCUCUCCCGAACGGCCAGCCAAUCACAGCAGCUUCAGCUCUGAGGUGUACAGCAGUGAUUUGGAAAGAGGGCUGUCAAUCAAACACCACAGCCUACCCUCGAAAGCAAAAACUGUUGAAGGGUCGUCCUCAAUGAGACAGAGUGAGCUCCAGUACUAUAUCACCAAGCUUUUGGACUGUGCCCCUGGUGACCCAGUCCUGGAUGCACCCGUGCCAGCCCUGUCACAGGGCACAGGGGGCCCGCCGGGACCCCCGCAUUCAGACCCACUGAGCCAGCUGCUCGCACAACCCCAUGCCAACGGCCAGACCAUGGAGCAGAUCCAGCAGCUCUACACCAACCUGCUCAGGGCUGAGUAUCAGAAGAACAUGUCUGCUGUCCAAACCAAUCUGGACCAGAAGCUUAGCAAGCUGGAGAAGAGUGAGCAGGAGUGUGGGCCGACAAAACUACAGUCUAAUUCAAUGACAGAUCAGCAGCGGCCACCACAAGCCAUUGCCUCCCGCGGUCGCAAGGCCGGACCAGGUCAAGGUCAUAGGACGGGGCUAGCGAAGACCACUGCAUGGAGAUGAGCGAGAAUAUGUGUGUGUGUGUGUGUGUGUGUUUUGGAACUCAUAACGCAAAUUGUCUGACAGAACCAUAUUCCAAAGGUGACCACAAAAAACGUAAACACACUGUACUGAUUCUCCUGCCCAUGUACAGUGAUUCUUUUUUUAAAUGAAGUGUUCAGAAUGUUAUUAAAUGAUGACUGUUGUUUUUAAUAAAUUGUUUGCAUUUGUGUGUUCUUUGAAGUGUCCGUGUUAUGUUUAUCUCCUACAUUUCUUUGACCAGUUUGUCUUCAAUUCUGAAGUUAUUUCUUUUCUGUGUUUUUUUUUUUUUUUGACCAAAUGAGUUAUUUCGAGUGUCCCCACGUUAUCCAUCCGUACCACAGAAUUCAUGAAUUCCACAGUUUGCUGGAAACAUGCUGCCAACCAAACCAUCACCAAAACAAUGCCACUCCACCUGUAAUUAGAAUGUAACAGGAUAUUCCCACGAAGGAAAGCAGUAACAUACCCAUGUCGUUUGUAAUUCAGUUUUGCAUUUGACAUGAAUUGUCCUCAAGUGGUAAGUCUGAUUAAGUAUUUUUUGAUCAGUUGAUUGAUUGAUUGACAUCACUUCUAAAAGGAUGACCCAUGUUGAAUUCCUCUCUGUAACGUCACACACUCCCGUCACCUGUCAGCUAACUAAAUAUCCAAGAGAAGGCUCCACCAAUGGAUCACAGAUGAAGGGGGAUUUAAUAGAGCACUUGCUGACCAGCUGAAAAUGAAAAUCAUAAAAAGAGGAAGUAUAUGUCAGAACAUCAGUAUUCAAGAGCUCUAUAAACAUUACUUAAGAAAUUAAGUUUUUUUUUUCUGUCAUUUUGAUAAACAGGUGUUUCAUCAUCUCAUCACUGGUGAAUUGUAAAUAUCUGAGAAUAUAUCGCACAUACUCACACAAACCACCAA